GUAGUAAAAAAAAAUCGCAUCUAAACGAAAAUUCCGAAUGACGUGAUACGGACCUCGCUUGUUAGUUAAUGUUAUUACCAUUUACCACCUGCCAGCGUAGACUUGUACACAUCCGUACAAUCGAUUUUUAACAUGAUAGUGUAAUUAUUACAUCUAAAUACAUACCUAUCAAUAGUUGGAUAAUGUUUAUAAUUUAUGUACACAAUACACAUUGCGUUGGAUAAACGUUUAAUGACAUAAGAGAUAAUAUAUUUAUUCUAAACAAUUUAUUUCAUUAAGUUAAUUGUAUCCAUGACAUUAAGGUAAACUCAGAAACUUAAAAGUAUUUCAAAAAGAGAAAACUAGCAACAUUUGACCUUUUAUUGUACAAACAAAAUUUAUCAUGUUUGAUCUAAUCAAACUGGCCUUUAUGGCUUGUAAUGAUGAUGCAAAAGAAUGGUAUAACACUAUCCCAAGAAAUGUUGUCAAAGUUGAUGUGCAAAAUUGUUGUUUGGAACUAAAAAAAGCUGUAAUGGAAAACAGUAUAGAUUUGUCAAAUACUGAAUUGUGUACAACAGCUGCAUUCAUUGGCCAUUACGAUUGUUUAACAUUUGCUCAUCGAAUAGGAUAUUCAUGGAAUGAGUCAACAUGCUCAUCGGCUGCAUGUCGUGGAAAUCUUGAUUGUUUAGAAUAUUUGAAAGAAAAUGGAUGUCCAUGGGAUGUAGAAACAUGCAUACGUGCUGCAGGCAAUGACCAAUUGUCUUGUUUAAAAUAUGCGGUUGAAAAUGGAUGCCCAGUUACUAGAGAUGCUAUGAACUCUUCCGCAAAAGCUGGUCAUUUAAACUGUAUAAAAUACAUGCAUUCCAUGAAAGUGGUAUGGGACGAAUUCACAUGUUCAUAUGCUGCAGAAAACGGUCAUAUAGAUUGUUUAAGAUAUCUUCAUGAAAAUGAAUGUCCUUGGAAUGAACAUGUAAGCUACUGGGUUGCUUUGAAUGGUCAUCUUGAAUGUUUGAUAUAUUCCCAUGAAAAUGGGUGUCCGUGGAAUGACCUAGUAAGUUGCUUUGCUGCAAUAAAGGGACGUUUAAGCUGCAUGAUAUAUGCUCAUGAAAAUGGUUGUCCAUGGCAUGAAGAUACCACCUUCUAUGCUGGAAUGGGAAGACAUACAGAUUGUUUAACAUAUGCCCUUGAAAAUGGUUGUGAGUUCAAUGACAAAAUACAAGAAAUGUUAGCUACUUUUGGAUACGAAGUAAAAACUGAAAUAUCAACUGAAGAAUAAUAUUACGAGGUCUAAUCAAAAAGUAUCGAUACUGUUAAAAAAAAAAUAUAUAUUUAUUAGAUAAAGUUAUUUACAUUUAAUCUCCUUCAAAGUAUGCUCCUUCUGAGUCCAUACAUGUUCUCCAAUGUUCUUGCCAUUUUUGAAAACACCUGUGGGAGUCAUUUUUAGAAACUCCUCGUAGCUGCUCCGUUGCAUUUUGUUUUAUUUCAUCUACAUCUUGAAAACGUUUACCCUUAAGCGCCAUUUUUAUUUUUGGGAAUAAAAAAAAAUCACAUGGAGCUAGGUCUAGUGAAUAGGGGGGUUGAGAAACAACUGGGAUACCAUGUUUGGCCAAAAACUGCUGCACAACAUGGGCUGAAUGAGCUGGUGCAUUAUCUUGAUGCAAUUUCUAACUACCAGACUCUUUAAACUCGGGUCUUUUUCUUCGUACACGGCGAAGAACAUCAAUGUAGUUCUCCUUUGUUAUGGUCUGUCCUUUUGGAGCAUACUCAUGAUGAACAACAACUUGGUAGUCAAAAAAAAACGGUCAACAUGAACUUCAUUUGACUCCGAACUUGAUGAGUUUUUUGGGUCGUAGUGAAUCUUCCACUGCGAAGAUUGUACCUUUGUUUCUGGAUCGUAGUCAUAUACUCAAGUCGCGUCACCAGUUAUAAUUGAUUUAAAAAAAAAAUCAUCAGAUUCGGAACACUCUAGCAAAUCAAUGGCGAUCUGUUUUCGGUUUUCUUUUUGCUCACCUGAGAGCAGUUUUGUAACAAAUUUAGCUGCAACUCUUCUCAUGUCUAAAUCAGUCGUCAAUAUGGUUUGGACUGAUCCAAAUGAAAUUUGAAACUCAUUAAUAAGUUCCAUAGUAUUGCUGUUCGUAUUUUUUGGAUCAUUUCCUUAUUGCGGCUUGUUGAUGGGCGUCCUUCACGUUAAUCACUUUCAACAGUUGUUCUACCCUCUUUAAAUCGUUUAAACCAUUAAAAAACGCGAGCACGGGACAUGGUUUCAUCUCCAUAAGCUAACAAUAACAUUUGGUAGGUUUCAGUAGCCGUUUUUUCCCAGUUUAUGGCAAAAUUUAAUGCACACUCGUUGUUCUGUAUUUUCGCUCAUUUUGAAGUCCGACGGGAGGUAAAAACACACUUGACUUAAUUGCACCUAGAAGCCGACUGAGACAAUUUUAAUCUAAUCUAUGUCUAAUAUAUUUUCCCAACAUAUAAAGUUAGAUUAAUAUAGCACGUGCAAGUUUAUACUCAAACCGGUUUACGAUUAAUCGUAUCAAUCUCGAUACUUUUUGAUUUGACCUCGUAUAUUAAUUUCUAACAGAUGAAAUUAGAAACAAUUACAUUAUUUGUCUUCUCAAGAAUAAUUCAUUUUUGCUGUGUAUGUAUUAAAUGAUCACUAAGAAAAUAAAAAUGUUGAGGGAAGUAAUGCUUACCUAUUUCCCUUCAUGCAACAGCUUAAAUCAGAAAAAAGGAAAAUAAAAGUGUAUACUUUUUUAAUUAUGGUAAACUAAUUUCUUAUUUGUUCCUAUUGUUUAUAUUCGUAAUUUUCAACAUACUAUUUAAUCUUUUUUUU